CUUCGCGCGUCUUUCGCGUCUCUCUCUCUCUUCUUCCUCAACUUACUUUGAUCACUUUCAUCAUGGCAAACACACGUAGCUCAAAGAAUGGCACCAGCGAGAAGCAGACCAAGCUGGAAGUCGACGCCGGCUCGCAAGGGGAGGGCAAGGUGACCGCGAAGAGGAAGCAGGACGACAGCAAGAAGGAAGAACAAGGCAGCCAAGUGGAGGAGGACGACGCGAAGGAGCAGCCUCCUGCUAAGGCGGCUAAGCAGGAUGACAGCGAGGACAAGAAGAAUGGGGGCGAUGAGAACGAGCAGGCGGCGAAAGAUGACAAGCCCAAGAACGGCACUCAAGAAACAAAGUCAGACUCGAAGCCGGCCCCUCCUUCUUCGCAAGCAGAAAAGAAGGCCGCCGGCGAGGAUACUGGCCCUGUAGGCUCCAACCAGGACGACAUCAAGUGGAACGUCCUCGAGCGCGGGCACAUCUAUUUCUUCUACCGUCCCAAAGUCCAACCAGCCCCAAAAGACGGCAAGGAGGACACCUCAAAUCCUUCGGUCCAAUCGAUUGACGAUGCUCAGAACUUCCACCUGCUCCUCCUCCCCCGCAGCUCCUCGAGCUCUACCGCGCCCGCCAAGCCCGAGUCGCAGCGACCGAGCGACGUAGAGAACAAGUCGGAGCAGACGGGGGAGAAGGCCAAACAGGGUGGUGUUGGUGCGCGCAUGAUUCGACUGGGCAAAAAGAGAAUGCCAGAGCCUAAAGCUGCGAUCGAACGCGGAGACCAGCCAGGAGGCAUUGGAGGCGAUGCGGCUGAGACGAUCUGGUCAGUCAUUUCGGACGUAGCCCCAAGCUUUGACUCUCUCAAAGAUUCUCUGGCCUCGCGCCGCUACACGACGAAAACAGCAGGGGAGCGUCUAGUCGGAGGCGCCCGCCCUGUCGGGCGAGGGUGGUACAUCCUCACCCUCUCUGAGACCGAGCCACCUUCGUCGCGUGAGGUGCGCCUCUCCUACGUCCUCUCUCACCCACACGACGAGGCCGGCUUUGGCGAUGUCCAGAAGGAGUUUGGCCUGAACAAGGAGAGUAGCGUGAGACUGCAGAUGCGCAACCCUACGCUUCCCUCUACCGGGGCUGGAGCCCCGCCUGCUGGUCUCGAGCCUUCCGAGAGGGUGCAGAUGAGCGAUGAAGAGAUCCAGAAAACCUUCGGAGGGGAGGCUGAUGCUGAAGGAACACGCUACGCGCGUCCAGAGAACAUCGAGCUGCUAGACCGGGCUGGUGUGGAGUUGUUGAUGAUCAAGAAGCAGGAGCAGGAGAAGGAGGGAGACUUAGGAAUGGGCGAGACGCACAAGGUCGCGCUGGAGAAGCUGGCAAAGGAUGAUGCGGGCAGGUUGUCCAAUGAGGAUGUGCUGAAGGAGGUGAGGUUGAGCAGUGCGGAGAACCCGCCUGAUGCCUUGGAUGGAGAGUGGAUCUGAGCCAUGAGGAUCAAGAGCUUGUGACAAAGAUGCUGAAAUUGAAGCUUGGAAAGUGAAGAUGGUUUACUCGAGGCCGAUUACUACGAGAAGGG